UGUGAGUUUAUUUUUCAGUAAAAUGGCAGAAGCGAAUAUUUUAGGACUUCAGGACCAGUUCAGCUGUCCAAUCUGUCUGGAUAUACUCAAGGAUCCAGUGGGUCUUCUCUGUGGACACACUUUCUGUAUGGUGUGUAUUAAUGGCUGCUGGGAUCAGGAGGAUCAGAAGGGAGUCUAUAGCUGUCCUCAGUGUAAAGAAACCUUCACUCCAAGACCUGUUGUGGGUAAAAACACUUUUCUGGCUGAAGUAGUGGAGACACUGAAGAAGACGGGACUCCAAGCUACACGUCCUGCUUACUGUUCAGCUGGACCUGAAGAUGUGGAGUGUGGUUCCUGCACUGGGAGAAAAUCCAAAGCCAUCAAGUCCUGUCUGGUGUGUCUGGCCUCUUUCUGUGAAACUCACCUCCAGCCUCACUAUGAAUCUCCUGCCUUUAAGAAGCACAAGCUGGUGGAAGCCUCCAGACGACUCCAGGAGCAGAUCUGCUCUCAGCAUGACAAACUGCUGGAGGUUUACUGUCACACUGAUCAGCAGUGUAUCUGUGCUUUGUGUAUGUUACAUAAACAUAAAGGACAUGAUACAGUAUCAGUUGCAGCAGGACGAGCUGACAAACAGAAGCAGUUGUUGGAGAUGCAGGGAAACUCCAAGCAGAGAAUCCAGGAGAGAGAGAAGGAGCUUCAGGAACUAAUAAAAGCUAUGGAGACUCACAAGCGCUCUGCACAAACAGCAGUGCAGGAAACCGAGAGGAUCUUUACAGAGCUGAUCAAAUCUAUUGAGAGAAGAUGCUCUGAACUGACAGCGCUGAUCAGAGCUCAGGAGGAAGCUGCAGUGAGUCGAGCUGAAAAGGUCAUGAAGCAACUGGAGAAGGAGAUUGCAAAGCUGAAGAGGAGAGAUGCUGAAAUAGAGGAGCUUUCACACACAGAGGAUCCUGUCCGGUUCCUCCAGAGUUUUCAGUCUGUCGCAACCCCAACUGGAUCUUCAAACUUACCCACCAUCAAGUUCAGCUCUACUCUAACUUUUCAGGAUGUAAUAACAUCUGUGUCUCAGCUGAGAGAGAACGUUGAAAAGUGCUAUAAUGCUGAGUUUGAGAAGAUAUCAAGUGGAGUGCAGGCCUGGAAGUCCCAUCACCAGCAAUUAAACCGUAUGGUUAUGGAACGCCGAAAGCAAGAUUUUCAAUGACUCGGCAAAUGUGAGAAACCUGCAGAUCACCAACUAGUGAUACUCUGUGAUACUCUACAGAACUCCUCAGUCUGCAAUCUCUCUCUCUCUCUCUCUCUCUCUCUCUCUCUCUCUCUCUGUCAUUUAAACACAAUUUCUCUUCUCACAUGUGCAUAGUGUGAAAUAAUCAGUGUAAUCUUUAUUGGAAUGAAUAAUAAUUUAAGGAUGUUUAUCUGGGAUUUGUUGAUAUAUAUUGAUGAAAUACUUACAAAUGUAUUAGUGCUUUGCUUUUGGUGUCUCUUACACAAAAUAUAUUCAUGUAGUUUUAGUAGUUUUCCAUUUUUUCAGACAGAACAAUUAAAGAACUUUAAGUAUGUAUUUGACUAGAAAGUUUGACUUGUUAAACGCUCUAGCUCCUCAGCCAUAUGUAUGGAAAUCCAUAUUCAGAUUUGACAUUAUACUUCAAAAACUCAUUUUACAAUGAUUUGCUAGUAUGUAACAUUAAAAAACAACUUAGCAACUGUUGAUAUUAAUAUGAUUUCGGUUUUUUCAUUACUUUAUUAAAACCAUUAUUGUCUAGUACUUGCAUUUACAAAUAAACAAUUUUAAUUCUUAA